GCCGCCGCCAUGAACCCCCUGACGAAGGUGAAGCUGAUCAAUGAGCUGAACGCGCGGGAGGCGGAGCUGGGCGUGCAGGAGGCGGUGUCGUGGCACGCGGAGUACAAGGACAGCGCUUGGAUCUUUGUGGGCGGGCUGCACUACGCGCUGACCGAGGGUGAUGUCAUCUGCGUGUUCUCGCAGUACGGCGAGGUCGUCAACAUCAACCUCGUGCGCGACAAGAAGACCGGGAAGUCCAAGGGUUUCUGCUUCCUGUGCUAUGAGGACCAGCGAAGCACCAUCCUGGCUGUGGAUAACUUCAAUGGGAUCAAGAUCAAGGGACGGACUAUCCGCGUGGACCACGUGGCCAACUACCGGCCCCCCAAGGAGUCUGAGGACUGGGAUGACGUGACGAGAGCCCUCCAUGCCAAGGGCUGCGGGGUCAAAACGCCGCCCCACACCUCGUCCGACUCCGCGUCUGAGGAUGAGGAUGUGCUCGUGAAAAAGCAGAAAGAGAAACAACAGAGCAGAGCAGAACGGUCCAAGUCGAGCCCGCAAGCUGGGAAGCGGGUGAGCACGGAGGAGCCCCAUUCCAGGAUCAAGAUCAAGAAGGAGAAGGAGGACCCGGGGUACGAGCGCUAUGCUGGCGGGAGCCAGCAGGAGCGCCGGGGGAGCAGGACGCAGCGGGAUGAGGAGCAGCGGCGGCACCAGCGGCACUCGGACAGCAGGGGCGACAAGAACUGCCGCGAGCAGAGGGGCCAGAGCGGCUCCUGGGAGGAGCGGGAGAAGAGGGAGGAGGCUGGCAGGAGGGGCGACGGGCACAGCAGCCGGCAGGACGCGUCCCCCAGGGGAGGCAGGUCUCGGGAGCCCCAUUCCCGGCACAGGGAGCGGGGCUCUGGCAGAGACUCCGGUCGCUGCUGAGCCCUGGGUGAGCAUUUGGGGUGACGGAGGCUCUGAGCCUGCCCAAGCCUGCUCCAAGCUCCUGGGAUGCCAUGGCUGGACCUUUCACCUGGGAG